AUGGGGAACAAUCCAGCGAAGCCGGUCAUCAGAAUAGACGCAUUGCCAGAGGAUUUGAUACUCGAAAUCGCCCUCCAACUCGACUUCGAAGACCUGCUGGCGUUCAAGCAAACGUGCCGUAUCUUCCAUCUAUGCGCGUGUUCGGACUAUUUGUCGCGUCGACUGGCGCUUUCUUUCCACCUCCCUCUGGAUAUCGACCCAUGGGAGGAGUUGAGCGCGUUGUCGGGGAGGGAGAUUCAGCGACGCAUGGUCAGGGCCUUGAAGCUCGACAAGAAUUGGUCGAGGGGCGUACCCCGCAUCAAGCAAUUCGUGCAUAUACGCGGGCAUGUCGUUCAUAAUGACGAACUGUCGAUCGGUCGCAUGGCCCUAUUACCUGGAGCCCAAUGGCUCUUGACCGUUCAGUCAAAUCGUCGAAGGGGAAGGACGAGCGCAACGUGCACGUUCUGGUCGCUGCACGAUGUUCGUCAGCCUUACAGGGCUGCGUGUCUCGAAGUCUCAGGGCAAUACAUGUUCUCCACCGCCGAGACUGCGUGUGGCAAGAGCCCUGCAACCUACGCCGUCACUUACACACAGAGCGGAGAAGACUUUCUCGACGUGUACAAUGUGCCCCUGGAACAACGCUGGGCACCGAUAGAUUCCGUUACAGGUACGCCGCAACUGCUGCUCAGAGUUCGCAGGCCUCCGGACUGCCCUGGCGUGAUGUACAAAGUUCGUCUGAUGGGCGAUUUUGUGGCUACCACCAUCAGCCGUGACGGCAGUCCAUACGGCGUCCUAGUCGUCUGCAUCUCGUCCGGCCACCGAGUCCUCCUCGAGUUGCCCAGCAUCGGGGAACUCCAGGGUUCAUAUAUCGAGUUCGUUGGGGACGAUCUGGUCAUCGUUACCAGCCAAUUCGACGGGGUGAUGGUGGACAAGAUCGCCAUACCCGCGCUGUUCGCAUGCUCUGACCCGGAAAGCUCGAGCUGUUCGGCAUCUACGAUCCGACUGAAGAAGCCCCGCACGAUUUGGGCCGGCGUUCCCAUCCAUCCGGACGCCAUCGUCUCCUUCGGCGCCUCGCCCGGUCCUCGAAUGACCGGGUGGAGACUAAGCCACGUCAACGUCCUAUCGUUCGGGCAGAGCCUUUACCUGGCCCGGAUCCCGCCUUCCACAUGCACAUCGUCGAACGACGCGGACGGCACAGACGCGGACAGCGGACCCUCCGACCUACCUCGGUCCGCGACACGGCCUGCUGGCCUGACCUCCCAAGACUCGACCGCGCUCGGGCCCUGGGGCCACCGCGCCGUCUGGUUGGAGCGCAACUGGGAAGACGAGCACGUCCGGCUCAUGAAGAUGUCGGCCUCUCCUCCCGACCAUCACGGCAGGAGAGGAACCGAAACGACGGACAUGGGGAUCAAACUCGGCGUCCUGGUGCCGCCCGUCCCGAACCUGCCGUUCAGACCGGCAGAAUGCCGCAGUUUGGCGUUCGACGAGGCGAAGGGCAGGGUGGUGCUCGGGCUGUACUCGGGCGACCUGUGUGUCCUGGAUUUCGUCGAGGACUGACUACGUGGGUGAAGGAGAGACGUGCCGUUACAUCGAGGGCGACAGUGUAUAAGCCCGUCUUUCCGCGCACCAGAAUGAUCUGAUGUGGCCACGCUGGGUUCCAUUCGCCUGAAGGUGCAUCUAACCAUAAGCCAAGAAUUCAAGCAUGAUUAAAUUAUUCGCCAGCAAUAUUGUGGCUCUAGGUCACAAGCAUGAAGUCUACGCGUCGUUCUGUAUUUACAAUGCAGUGCGAUCCUUACAUGAAAUCCUUCGUGGUAUAUGACAGUAGCAGACGAAAGGUUCCGUCGCAAAGCAUAGUCGGUGCCGAGUAGUCUAGACAACCAUAUAGAUAUGGAUCGUGGCAUAACGGUACGGAUCGCAAUGCACAGUUCGUUCAUGUUCGUCGGACUUUAGGUGCCGGGAUGAGGCCCAUAAGCCCGAAUGCAAGGAGGUAGAUUCCAGAUGCAGCUAUGGAGCCUUCGACGUAGCCUAAAGGGGAGUAAGCGCCGAAGGUGUAGGUCGUCGUACACCAUCCGCCGACCAUGGCGGCCGUAAGGAUCGGGAUUACCCUGGACAGCUCGCCGGACUCCCUCCAUUGGCGAUAGUUCGGUUGCACGCCCUUCAGCUGGGGCAUGAGGAGAAUGUACAAGAACAAUGUGAUUGUUAACGUCCCUAACGCCAACGAGACGUAUGCUAUCGUACUCCCCCAGUCAUCUCCGCCGUUCCCAGCUAUGCUCCAGAACGCGUCGUGUGUGUUAAGCCAGUAUGUGAUCAGAGCUCCGGGCAAGAUGAAUUUGACCUGCUUGAGGGUAUGCCCAGACAGCGAUACGAAAGGGUUGCCGGAUGGCAUCUGGGCGAAAUUAGAUUCCGAGGUUGUCCGUGACGGAGGCAAGCCCAGGUCUAUGCAACGACGGCGAAAAUGAGGACGUACGCCUCCGGGUCUCUUGCUCGUUACUUGC